UGGAGGGAGAUGCUCGCCCAGACCGCCGCUUCUGCGUGAGGAAGCACAAGGCAUCAUGGUGAGUAAGGAGCCCAGCAAAUGCUUACUCACCGCCUCGGACAGCGACGUCGAGCCCGCGGCUUCCCUGGCGCUGGAGAUGAAAUAUGCGCUGGAUCCCAACCGGCAGAUCAAGAAACGGAACAAAGCCCUCCAGGUGAGGUUCAAGGAUAUCUGCGAGGCCCAGAACGAGCAGAGGGACAAGCAGCUCUCCACCUCCUCCACGCAGGACCCCGACAAGAAGGAGGCCAAGGCCAUCUCCUACAAGACGGCCUACCGCAAGUACAUGACGGUGCCCGCCCGCAGGUCCAUCCCCAACGUCACCAAGAGCACAGGAGUCCAGACUUCCCCUGAUCUCAAAAAGUGCUACCAGACCUUCCCUCUGGACCGGAAAAAAGGGAAUAUUCUGAAAAGCGCCGCGACCGUGGACACGUUACCGAGCGAGAACAACGGGUUCCUGAUCGAGGUGAAGGACAGAGAGGGCCGGGGCGCGGGCGAGGCCGCGGCCUGGGGCAGGAAGGCCUGCAGGUCAACGUGGCGUCCAUGGAGGAGAGCCAGCCCUGCCGGACGGCCGUGGCCGUGAGCCAGGAAUGCCAACAAAUCGUGCCUCACACCGAAGUUGUGGACUUGAAAGCGCAGCUUCAGAUGAUGGAGAACCUGAUCAGCUCUAGUCAGGAGACCAUCAAAGUGUUGUUGGGUGUUAUACAAGAGCUAGAGAAGGGAGAAGCUCACAGGGAAGGGCUUUCCUAUCGGACCGGCCAGGACACGGCCAAUUGUGACACGUGCAGGAACAGUGCAUGUAUUAUCUACAGCGUGGAAUUGGAUUUUAAACAGCAAGAAGAUAAACUACAGCCAGUUUUGAGAAAACUUCAUCCUAUUGAGGAAACUCAGGUUGCACCUUUGCCUUAUUCUCAGGAGAGCUACUCCUCGACUCCCAAGCAAAAAUCCAAAACUGAAUCCAAAAAGCAUGGAAGAUGGAAACUCUGGUUCCUUUAACCCAAGUCCAUGACGUGUGGAGUUCAAGGCCUUCUUUGACAAAUAUGUGGAGUUGUAUCCAUCGUCUCUGAUGGGAUUUGGUGGCAGGAGCAGCGGCCUGGCCAGGGGCAGCGUCCAGCUCUCACCGCGCGUACCAAAAAGGCCUUUGUAGCGACGGACUCUGCCCAGCAGCACGGGCUUGGGAACCCCCUGCCCACUUCUACUCGCAGUUUGCCAAUGUGGGAUGUAAAACCUGAGUGGAAAUUUGGACAAAGAUGGGAAGUAAAACUGUUCCCCUCCCCUCCUCAGAUCCGAAAGCGCGGCGCUCCGACCCGUUAGGCGUAGGCCGGCAUCCUGCUCCCCCAGGAAUGGUGGAGGCCUUUUGGGGGUCUGGGUUGUUGUCUCUGGACAGCAAGGAGGGGGAAAAUCAGCAGCAAGCCUUAUGUUUGCAGUGGUGUUGAGUUUUACAGCUCCAUGUUGAUCGGGGAGUGCAGUUUUCAGCACAGAAUUCCUGGACAAAGCACAAUUUUUCCCGCGGCCCGCGGCCGCGCCGAUCUCCGAGACGUGACUGUGGUGUAUUCUCUGCCUUCAUGCGAUGUAAACUCCAACCAAGCUCUCACAUUUCAACCUCAUCUCUGGUUUAGCUGUGUCCUCACCACCAGAAGAACCACUCUGCUGCUCAGCCCCAGCAGGGGAGCGGCCAGAAACCUCCCAAAAAUCAGGCCCAGCCUUCAAGCACCUCCAGCUCACAGGGUCCAGGCCAUGGACAACCCCUCAGUGUCACCUUGGAAAGGUUUCAACCACACAGGAACAAAACCCAGCCCCAAAGCAGACCCAUCCCAGUCCGGAUUGUUGGCCUUUGCCAUGGGUUAGUAUUUUUUUCUAACAGUCUUUGGAAAAACCUCUCCACUGCUGCAGAAGGCACCAGGAGAUGUCCAGGCUGCAGCACUGCUUGGAAGGAGCUGAAAUUGGAAAUGCUGUUUAUUUAUUUAUUUGUUAAGCUGCUCAGAUGGGUUUCCCAGCUUAUUAUAAUUUAUAUCUCAAUCUAUUAAUUGUACUCAGUAAUUGAAACGCUUAGGAGAGAGAUGUGAAUCAGAUUUUUCCUAAUUUGGUUUGGGUUUUUCUGAAAUGGCACUAAAAAUUUUGCUCUGACUUAUAAGCUGCAACUUUUCCUUUAAGUAUUUGCUAUUGCCAUUAAACUUGCAUCUAAAAUGAUCAUUGGUGGAAAAAUUCCUCACACUAGAAGUGGCCAGGGAGUGGGAAUCUUGUCUUUUGCUUUGGUUUGGGAUUUUAGCACAAGGAUUUCAGAUCAUUUGAGUGUCGUGUGACAAACUGGGUUUGAAAUUGCAUCCCCUGUAGCAGCAGGAAGGUACAAAUUCUUCAGCCUUUAGGUGCAAGGACUGUGAUCAUUAAUUUGCACAGACUAAAAAUUUGGGGAAGUGUUUUUCACUGUUUCUCCUCUUAGCUCAGCAUCCAAUUUACUCCUGAGAGGAAACUGGAGGAAAAUAACCUAAUUUUUUUUUUUCCCUUCAAAGAGCAAGAAAAGCAAAUUAAAAUGGGAAAGGAAAUGCAGAAGAUGCCUCUGGCCAGCUCAAUAUUUGCAGUAAACCUUCAAGAGGGCUAUGAGUUCUUGCACAGCAGCAAAUCCUGAAAUCCUCUGGUGGGAGUUGAAGGAUUAGGAAGGUGAUCCUGUACACAAGGAAGUGCCAUUGUUUCAUGUGGAAAAAAACCCUAUUUCAUGUAUUUUAUAUUGUUUUUAACUAAAAUAUAGAACUGUUUACAAAACAGCCCACACAACAUGGCUUAGAAACCCAAAUAUUUCCAAAUUAAAAAAAUACUUUUUUUUUAAAAGCAGAAAGCAAUCUCAAAAAUGGGCAGAAAAAGGAAAAUACAGCAGUAUUCAUUAUUAAAAAAACAACACCUAAUGCACUCCUCCAUGCUAACAGGCCUAGUGUUCGGGGCUUUUUAAGGAAAUUAAACCAAGCAUCUCUCCAUGGCAAUCAAUUCCCAAAUCCUCAGUAGCUUUGUGUGUGCAGGGACCCUGAGUGAUCCAGAGCUCCUGGAAUCAGGGCAAAAGAGGGAGGAAACUCCAGCUGGAGAAACAAAGAGCUCAAAGGGAAAGUUCUCACGGCGUGUUCUGUACAUGUCCAGGCUAUUUUCUUAAGAAGUUGCAAAUUUUUAAUUUUUUACAUUUUUUUAAACCUGGGGAAAGCUGACAUUACCAUAGAGUCUUGCUUCCAACUGACAUCUCGUGUUCUCUGGUACCCUCCGAUGUACUUUGUAAUAAAAUGUUUUUGCAAGUGUGUAAAAUGUAUCAUAAUUGUAUUGCCUUUAGAAUCACUCAGGCUCAGGUUAGAUAGACACCAAGAGAAAAACAACAAACCUAAUUCUUUAGAGCUUUUAGUUCAAUGUGACAGAGCUAUUUUCACCCUCAUGUAGAAGAUCUUGGAGGUUCUAAUGAGGAAAAUGCAUUUUUAUUUUCAGUGUGGCUUUGCUGGAUUCACUGGCAGUCCCCUGCACUCAUACACUGAUUUUCUAGCUGCACUUCUCCCAUCUCCUGCUUCAAAAUACUUUUUAGCCAAUAAAUACUGCAGUGAUUUUAUAUCCCUUGCUCUUUGCUGAGUCCUUAUAAUUUCCACACAGCAACAGCUGCAUUCUUAGGUUUAGAACUAGGAGGAAAACACUAUUCCUGUGAGUAGCACUUGGUUUCUCAAAGAUGAAAAACAAAAAUAACUGUAAAAAUACUUUAAAAAAAAAA